GCCACGCCAGCUGUCCGCGGACCCCCGCUCCCGCCCCCGCGCCCAUGGCCGCGCCGGGACCCCGCGCCUUGCGGGCUGCGCUCUGUGGCGGCUGCUGCUGCCUCCUCCUGUGUGCCCAGCUUGCUGUGGCUGGUAAAGGAGCUCGAGGCUUUGGGCGGGGAGCCCUGAUCCGCCUGAACAUCUGGCCAGCUGUUCAAGGAGGCUGCAAACAACUGGAGUUCUGUAAGCAUUGUGUGGAGGGGGACAGAGCACACAACCUCUCGGGCUGUGUGUGGGAGCAGUGUCAACCAGAGGAGCCAGGACACUGUGUGGCUCCAGCUGAGGUAGCCAAGGAAGGUUGCUCUGUCUACAACCGCUCAGAGUCAUGUCCAGCAGCCCACCACCACCCCACUGAUGAACCGAAGACGAUCACAACAGGGAGCCCCUCAGUCCCUGAGGCCCACAGCCCUGGCUUUGAUGGGGCCAGCUUUAUCGGGGGUGUCGUGCUAGUGCUGAGCCUGCAGGCAGUGGCCUUCUUCGUGCUGCGCUUCCUCAAAGCCAAGGACAGUACCUACCAGACACUGUGAGUACCUGGCCAGUGCAAUCGCAGCCACUUCCCCCUCCUGCCCUGCAGUUCCCCUCAGCCCUAAGGACAAUGACUCCCUCCCAACGUCCCCGUGUGAGCCACACCCCUUUUCUCUCCUCCAUUUGGGGAGCUUUCUCUGCCAGAUGUUGGCUGGGAUGAGGACUCAGCCUGGGCCAGGUGUCUGGGAGCCCAGCUGAGCCCUGCUGUGUCUUUGUUCCCUCAUGCUGCCAGCAGGGAGGAGAACCAGUAGGUGACAGCCCGGGCGAGUCCAUGGCCUGCAGUUCUGUGGCCGUGGGCAGGAGCUGGGGCCGUGUGUCUAGUUUGGUUUUCCUCUGAGAAGGAGAGCUGUGCCUGGGCCCCCGUGUGCCGUGUGUGCUGUGGGAUGGGUUACUGCAGCCUGGAUUGAAGUGUUUGCUCUUCCAGCCGCUGCCUGCUCUCCGGGGGGUGGGGUCCUCAGCCAGCUGAGGCAGGGUCACCUCCCUGAAUGUCCUCUCUACCCUCUGCAGAAUCUGACCCCUUGGGCCUGGACUCCACACUGAGGGGAAGGGGGGACGCAGAGGCUGCCCUCUUGACCCCUGUGGCAGGGUGGGUGGGAAAAAUUUUGGCCACCAAUUUUUGGCCCCUGUGGGCACGGAACAGGCCCAGCGCCCGAUGCCUGACGUGCCUUCCUGUUCCGGGCCUGGUACCUGCAGCUGAGAGCCUCCCUCAACCACCUCGUGUCUUGUCCAUC